AUGCAAUCUCAUACAUUUACUCGUAGUCGAGGAGUUCCAAUUUAUAUGAAUGGAAGUGUUUCACAUCAACGUUUAUAUGAUCGAUUAUCAGAGGUAACAGGAAAAUCUGGAAGAUUUUUUGAAAUUUGAUAGAGUUGUCUGAAAAUUUUUCUGUAGUUGGAGUUGGAGACUUUCUAUAAAUUCUGAAAGUUUUCCAGUGCUUUAAAUUUUUUUUGCAAAAUUUGAUAUCAAUAAAUAAUUUUGCUGAAAAAAUUUUUCAACAAAAAGUUGUCUGGAAACUUGUGUCUGGAAAAAUCAGGCUAUUUGUUGUAAUUUUGUGACUAAUUCACAGGAUUUUGUAUGAAUUUUGAAUAUCAUCAGUUUUUUUGACAAACUUUCCGAAUAUUUCAAGAAAAUUAGAAUUACCGAAUAAUUUUUCCUGGGAAAUUCAAUGCACAUUUUUACUUGUGAGCUAUUUCCAGGAGUUUCCGAAUUUUAUUUUCUUGUAAAAAUUAUGGGUUCACAAUUGAAAACUAUUAAAAGUCCUACAGAAAUUUUCAAAAAAAAAUAAUUCUAAUAUUUUUCCAGCCUUCAACUUCUCGCCAAAUUCCUCGAUCAAUAUCUCUUGCCCCAACUGGUCAAAGAAGAAAUGAUAAAAUUGAAGUAAAUUUUUACUUUUAAAAUUCUACAUUUCCCCCACAUUUUCUAUUUUUUCAGUCAUCAUUUCCUCCAACUUAUAUUCCUCGAUUUCAUGAUGAAGUUGCAGUUCGAAGAAUGACAUAUCGACAAAUUCCGGGAACUGAUAUGAAAAUUUCAAAAAUUGGAUUUGGUAUUUUUUUUGAAAUAUUUUUUCAAAUCAUAAAAAAUUAUUUUUUUCAGGAGCAGCUGCAAUUGGAGGAAUGUUCGGAAAUGUAGAAGAUUCAAUUACAAAAGUUGUUGAAACUGCCAUAAAACAAGGAAUUAAUUAUAUCGAUACAGGAUAUUGGUAUAGUCAAAGUAGGAGUGAAUCAAUUUUAGGAAAGGUAAUUUUCAUCCUGGCCAGAUUUUUAUAAAUAUUUUUUCAAUUCACAGGCUUUAUCAAAAAUUCCGCGAAAAUCGUAUUAUAUAAGUUCGAAAGUGGGAAGAUUUGAAUUGGAUUAUGCGAGAACUUUUGAUUUUCGUGCUGAUAAAAUUUUGGAAUCUUUGACGAAUAGUUUGAAACGACUACAAUUGACAUAUAUUGAUAUUUGUUAUGUUCAGGUUUGAAAUUUCGAAUUAAUUCAAAUAAUUUUAAAUUUUCCAGAUUCAUGACGCUGAUUUUGCACCGAAUGAAAGUAUCGUACUUUAUGAAACACUUCAGGCUUUGGAAAUGGCAAAAUCUUCAGGGAAAAUAAAAUACAUUGGUUUGACAGGAUAUCCACUUCCGAAGAUUGUGUAAUUAUUGAAACUUCAAUAAAAACCGUAACUUUCAAAUUUUACAGACAACUGGUUGACUGUGCAAAUACAAAGAUUGAUUUUGUAAUGACAUAUUGUAAAGGAACUUUGAACAACAAUUCACUAGGCCAAUUUACAUCGUGGUUUAAUUCGAGAAAUAUUUGUGUUGUGAAUUCUGGAGCUCUCUGCUGGGGACUUUUAACUGAGAAAGGACCACCACCCUGGCAUCCAGCUAGUGAUGAAAUACGUGAAGCUUGUUUGGCGGCCACUACAUAUUGCAUGGUAAUAAUUUCGCUUGCAAAUACCAAUUGUACUUCAUUCAUUAUUUCAGUCCAAAAAUAUCAGUAUCUCGAAACUUGCUCUUGACUACGCUAUGAACUUUCCGAAUAUUUACUGUUGUUUAGUUGGAAUGGAUAGUGUCGAACAAGUUAUGAGCAAUUUGGAACUUUGUUGCCAUGGGAAGAUUAACGACGUUGAACAGAGAGUUCGAGAUCGAAUUAUGAGACGGUCAGUUUUUCUCGGAUCGAUAAGGUAAUCGAUGGUGAAUCAAAAAUUACAGCUAUCUCGACAGACUGGAGAAUGCCGGAUGGGAAGGCGUCGAUGUCGCGAAAUAUUGGAAGAAGCUCAAAAAGCUAGGCCUGACCGCAUUAGCCACACACCGUCAUUCAUCUGUUGAAAGUUUGGCAAGCACUUUGAAUGGAUUUUCGCUGUACUCAAAUUCCAAUUCAAGUUCGGAAUUGAGAACACCGCGAAGAAGGCGUAAUUUUAUGUAA